GCCUCCCUCCCAACCGCCGUGCUAUCAGGGAGACCGCUUCACCGUACUGAUCCAAAGGCACACGCUCUCUGCGAUGUUGAUCCUGGGCGUUCUGUCUCCCCUCCUCCUCCUCUCCACCCUGUUUCCGGGCUAUGGUUGCCGGGUGGCAGACAUUCCGGAGGACACCACGGCAGAAUUCUCAGUCAGGCUGUACCACCGACUGCAGGCGGCAGUGGGUGACGACAACAUAAUUUUUUCGCCGCUGAGCGUGGCGGUGGCCCUGGGCAUGGUGCAGCUGGGAGCCCGGGGGACGUCGCUGGAGGAGAUACGACGGGCGGUGGGAUUCAGCCACCUGCCAGCAGACGAAGAGUUCUCUUUGCUCCAGAACCUGACCACGGCUGUUUCGGAUGAUGACACCCAUUAUGUCAUCCGGUUUGCCAACAGCCUCUUCCUGCAGGAGGGUGUGACCUUUAACCCCGAGUUCCUACGUUUGAUGAGGAAGUACUUUCAUGCUGAGGUGGAGACAGUGGACUUCAGCGAAUCAGCAGCUGUCGCUGAGCAGAUCAACAGCUGGGUAGAAAACCACACUGAGAGUAAGAUCCGUGAGCUGCUCUCAGCUGAGGACUUCAGCAGUGUGACUCGCCUGACCCUGGUAAAUGCCAUCUACUUCAGAGGGUCCUGGAAGAACCAGUUCCGACCGGAGAACACCAGGACCUUCUCUUUCAGCAAAGACGAUGGCUCUGAGGUUCAGACCCUCAUGAUGUACCAGCAGGGAGACUUCUACUAUGGCGAGUUCAGUGACGGCUCCCAGGAGGCUGGUGGCGUUUACCAGGUAUUAGAGAUGCCCUAUGAAGGAGAGGACAUGUCCAUGAUGAUCGUACUGCCUCGGCAGGAGGUGCCACUGGCUGCCCUAGAGCCCAUUGUCAAAGCACCUCUCCUCGAGGAGUGGGCUAACAAUGUUAAACGGCAGAAGGUGGAGGUGUACCUACCAAGGUUCAAGGUGGAGCAGAAGAUAGACCUGAGAGAGACUCUACAGGAGCUCGGAAUAAAAAAUAUAUUCACCAAAGAUGCUGACCUCUCAGCAAUGACAGAUGGUAAGGACCUGUUUGUGGGGAAGGCAGUGCAGAAGGCCUACCUGGAGGUGACUGAGGAAGGGGCAGAGGGAGCUGUCGGAUCAGGGAUGAUAGCUCUUACCAGGACUCUGGUGUUGUACCCACAGGUCAUGGCUGAUCACCCGUUCUUCUUUGUCAUCAGAAACCGGAAGACAGGAUCUAUCCUCUUCAUGGGCCGCGUCAUGACUCCUGAAGUUAUUGAACCUAACGACCAUGACUUUGACUCCAUGUAAUCGCCGAGUUGAGGUCACAUGGUAUCCCAGCCAAUCAGAUCCUGACGUCAUAAACGCUACCUAUCCUCUUGUCAUCAUCUUCAACCGUGUUUUUAUACUCUUAAUGAGAUUAUAUGAACCGAAUGUUAUACAGUAUAUUAUAUAUUGAAAUACAUGUCAAAUAACGUGACUGUCUUUUGAUACUGGAAGCUUUAAACACUUAGGUACAAACAUGCAGAGAUAGAAAAGAUGUAAAUAUUCCCAAGCGCAAAGGAUGGUUUGUACUGUAUGAGACAUGCAUUAUGCUGCAGGAGGAGAAAGAACAUGCAAAAUGCGUGAUCCACAGGCCCUCAAAAGUCAGCAGUUUAACACACACAGCCUCACGUGGGCUGUGCACGCUCCGUUUUUCUCUUUUCUUCACACAUAUUUACUCUCUUACUUCGUGUGUGUGUGUGUGUGUGUAUACAAUGUGUGUUCCACACUUUUAAUCAUCCUAUAUUUUCUUCUGACAUUGUGUUGUAUAUACAGAACAUAUAUAUAUAUAUAUAUAUAUAUAUAUAUAUAUAUAUAUACACAUAUCUUUAUACAUGCACACACUACAUAUACUUAAUAUUUAUUGCAGACAAAUAUGUGCAAGACACUUUGCCAUUAUACAAUGAAUCAUAUAUAUGUGUGUGUGUGUGUGUGUGUGUGUGUAUGUAUGUAUGUAUGUAUGUAUAAAAUAUGUGUGUGUAUACACCAAGGGCUGAAGGAAGAACUAGACCGGAUGUGGAAGGUGAAAUCCAGAGUAGUCCCAGUGAUACUAGGAGCACUAGGGGCUGUGACCCCCAACCUGGGAGAGUGGCUCCAGCAGAUUCCAGGAAAAACAGAUGAGGUCUCUGUCCAGAACAGUGUGGUCCUAGGAACAGCUAAGAUACUGCGCAGAACCCUCAAACUCCCAGGCCUCUGUAGGAAGACACACAUCACCCGAAAACGGGGGAGGGAUAUAUAUAUAUAUAUAC